CCGACAGUAGUACGCGCGCUCAACUCCCUCCAGUCGCGCGCCAUGCGCACGCGCAGCCUGAACGCACAGUGAUGCCAUACUGGAAAAAAGUGUAGUGAACAAACUUGAACCUAACCAAGGAUUACAGUGAACAAUUUAAAAGUGCAUUAUUAUCGUGAACCCAAGUGAAGAAGUGACAGUUUUGCUACGGCAAUAACAUUAUUGUUCGGUCUCUAUUAACUGUUUUAUGGCCUGUACAGUGCGUCUAUUGUUGUGUUCGCUUCCACUAAUCUCCUAUUCACCUGUUUCAACGCCACCUACUGCGGUUGGACUGUGAAAUGUGACAAAAAAUUGCAAUGGCCAUCCAUUGUACGCAUGCGGACGCCAGUUUGUAAACUUUGCGUGUUGACUACCUGACUACUGGAGGGUUGGACCACGACGGAUCGGACGAUUGAUCGCCCAACUGCCUUAUGUUCUUGAAACCGUGAUGUCGGACAACGCCGGAGCAGUAGUAUCGAGGGCGUCCACACCUCGCCCAGUAAAUGAUACACCAGUAGCCGCACCUCUCAGGUCCAGACAUGACCAGUUCCUUGCUAGCUCAGCUGAGAGAGCCCAACAGAGGCCUUCCUCAAGUGGUCGAAAUCCUUCAGGAAGCUUUGAAUCACCGCCCCUACCUUACCAUCGUCAGAUGACAACAGGUUCUUUGCUUACCUCAUCUCACCGUGAAACCUCAGCCUUUGUCCCUGUUGUACCAACACGGUCGAUGCACCCAGUGAUAUAUCCAAACGAAAUGCAUCCUGCAUUAAUUCCGUCAGAAAUAAUUGAAAGAGAAAGAAUGAUGGAUAGAGAGAGAACGGAACCGGCUAAAGGCUCCCCGGACAGAGCGUCUGGAAACUUUCCGAAACGAAAUUCAUUUGAUUUAAUGGCCAUGAUGGUAGAAAAGAGGAAAGAAGUGGCUUUGCGUGAGGCUGCAGCAGCAAUGCUACUUCCUCACCAUAGAACAUCGUCUAUCGAAGGCAUGAUGUCUGAUGGGUCUUCACAACCACCUAUUUACGGUCCUCCAGGACCAUUCCUUGGUGCACCUGGACCAUCGCCAACAGCUGCAGGCAGUUUUACUUUCCCUGGAGCUGGUUUAUUCCCUCCUGGAGCAGGUCCUCAUCAGAUGCACCCACACCUAGACAGGCGGCUCCUCAGAGCCCCUGGUCGUGCCUCAAGACCGAAGAAACAGUUUAUAUGUAAAUUCUGUAACCGCCAAUUCACUAAAUCAUACAACCUACUGAUCCACGAAAGAACUCACACUGACGAGAGACCCUACUCCUGCGACAUCUGCGGCAAGGCUUUCAGACGACAGGACCAUUUGAGAGACCACAGGUACAUUCACUCAAAGGAGAAGCCGUUCAAGUGUACAGAAUGCGGGAAAGGAUUCUGCCAGUCAAGGACCCUGGCGGUUCACAAAAUCCUUCACAUGGAAGAAUCGCCUCACAAAUGUCCAGUUUGCAGUCGGAGUUUCAAUCAACGGUCAAACCUCAAGACUCAUUUGCUAACUCACACGGAUCAUAAACCUUACGAGUGCAAUUCUUGUGGAAAAGUAUUCAGACGGAACUGUGACCUGAGGAGACACGCCCUGACACAUGCUGUUGGUGAUGUUCCACCAGGUGAUGUUUUAGAUGUAGGUGAAGAAGAUAUUGGUAGACCUGGAUCUCCAAUAGAACCUGGAUUUGAUGAUGAAGAUCCUGAUUUGUCAUCACCAGAGCAUUCCCCUGUAAGACGAGCGCGGUCCUCUUCCAUCGAAAGUAUCGGAAGAGAGCAAAGUGAAGAACGACCUCCACGACGAACGUCACCAUCUCCAGUGGAACGGACCCACUGCCACCAUAAUGAGCAGAGAGAUAGAGCAAGCCCUUACACUAUGCGGCCUCAACAUCAAGAGAAACACAUGCGUAUGCCUUCCGAUUUGUAUGAAAAACGGCGGUACACUUCGGAUGAGAUUAUAGAAAAAGAGAUGAGAUACAAUGAGCCUCCUGAACCACAGAUCAGACAUCCUCAGCUACAAAUACGCAGAGACCUUCACCAAGUUGCACCGCCCGAUCCCAAUAAAAUGAGUCAAAUGGCCAGUCCUCCUAUAGAUCCUGGGCCUUCAGGUAUGUACCUGAGUCCAUUUAGAAAGAGAAGCCAUCCGCCUGACAUUGGAGACAACGUAAGAACUUGUGCAGCUGUUUAUCGAAGCCGAUCGCCGGAGCCUACUAACUUAACAAUGCCUCGGCAAUCGAUGGGAAAUGGAGAAGUUGUAGUUGGACUUCCACCAUCCAUGUUGGGAAUGCCAUCUUAUCACAAGUUUGGUUUGCCCAUGCCUCCGCCUCACCCUCAAAUGGCAUACGGUCCAGUUCCUCACCCAAUAUUAGGACCACAGCAAACGGUGGCACAAGAUCUUAUAGUUAAACACGCGCCUCCUAAAGACACAACUCCUGGCACUUCCACACAUGUCACCAAUUGUAAGGAUGGUCAGAAAGACCCUGAAGAAGGCAGUUCGAGCUUUAUAACAAGUGGAAUAAAGAACAUUGUUGGGAUACAACCACCGGCUAAUCCGAAGCCUGGAACGAGCUCGUCGACAGGACCGAAGAAAGGAUUCAGUAUAGAAGAUAUCAUGAGACGUUGAUGAAAUGUUGACUAGCGCCACUGUCUGUGAAGUUUUACUGUAUGCAAAUGAGAUUGCUUAGAAUUAUAUUAGGUUAAAUGUUAGCCUGUAGAAACGUGUUGCCUUAUUUUGUUUAGCUACAUAGUAAGAAGAGUAUUUUGUGACGAAUGUAUUCUCUGGACAGUGGUUCUAAUAAUUGUAUAGGUGCAUUUUAGAGAGAUUUAAGAUAUUAUGAAAUUGUUUGUGUACCUAAUUUUAGAUUAACAUUAAUGAGAAGUAUUAUUAGUCCAAGUUUCGAUUAUACAGAUUGUAAAAUUUCUAGAGGUAUGUUUGUACGUAUUCGCAACGUGGAUUUGGUUUUCGUAAAGAUCUCAUAAGGUUUGUUUGUGCAGUGUUUUGUUUACCUCCAAAUUUUAAAAAAUUAGUUUAUUGAAGAAAUAUUUAGGCAAUAAUUUUUAUUUUCUCGUUUUAUUGUUGUAUGUCGUCGGCGGACAAAACAAAUGUCAGUGUGAUUAUCUUUUGUUUGAACCCAUCAAUGCUGAUUUGUAAUAUUUUUAAAAUAAUUUUAUAAUAAUAAGAGCAUAAUUUUUAAAAUAAAUUAAGAAUUGACUGGU